AUUGAAUAAGAUACACGCAGAGCGGAUCACCGCUAUUGCCUAAAUAACAAUCAUCUGUUGUUCGUUAUGGAGCUAAGACUUUUAUUUGGCUGUUUUGACCAGUUUCGCUCAUUAUGCUACACAGGAAAGAUGCCAAAUGACUGAAAAGACAGUAUCACCUGUGUAACAAACAGUAGUUUAUUUUGUUAUAUUUGUUAGUGGCGUACUCGUCAGUUCGUGUCCCACGUAUUUCAGGCUUUAUUAUUUUUUGCACAGGUCUAUGUUAGACGGCUUAAAAGUCAAAUAGGAAAACUUACACUUCCAGAUAAUAUACUUUUUCAGGUAUAAUUGUAUUAGUAACGUGGUGUUUUCAAUGGCUUGUAAAGCUAAUAAUGCAAAAACCCAAACCUGCCGUGAGGCUCAACUGAUUACUUAUCAAACUGGCUGUUACAGGAGGAUGAUUAGCUGUCUUACUAUAUGUUGAGAGUAUUUGUUUUGUGGAGGAGAGGUCUGUCUGUCCUUAUGUGCCGCUUGAUAAAAUAACCCUAUAUUCCUUAUCUCCGUGAACUCACAGAUAAGGUCUGAUGUGAGCAGGUGCACCAGGCUGGGGAUGGAGGCAUCUUGAGGUUCCAGCACUUGAGGCUAGAAGUUGAUUUUUAAAAAUGCUGUCAAGGUUUGUUGCUGCUGCCUGCCACUCUCUGAAGGGGGCUUUGCCUCGCUGGAAAUCUACCUUUCACGGAACGCAUUGCCCAACCGCGCCUAGGCAAUGGCUGGCAGGAACUGUGGUUCAGAGAAAGGCUCAUCGAUGGACUGUGGCUCCAUCAUCAAGGACAAAUCAGAAGCCAGUGUUUACCAGAGCUGCAGCAUUUGGAGAUAAGAUUGCUAUUAUGGACAGCAGUGGCAACUACAGCUACAAGCAGCUGUACUGCAGCAGCUUGGGAAUCGCAAAUAGAAUACGUAUAGCUCUCAAGUCUGAUAUAGGAAGUCUGGAAGGAAAACGAAUCUCCUUCCUGUGUGCUAAUGAUGCUUCCUAUACAGUGGCACAGUGGGCAAUUUGGAUGAAUGGUGGGGUAGCAGUGCCCCUGUUCAGAAAGCACCCUCAAUCUGAGCUGGAGUAUAUAAUCUCAGACUGUCAGAGUUCACUGCUGGUGGCAGGGCAUCCCUAUGCUAAAACACUUGACCCACUGGCACAGAGACUGGGGUUGCCAUGCCUGGCACUGCCCCCUACACAUAACCUUGGCACUUUAAAUAAGACAGAUACUCAAGCAGAGGAGACAGCCAUUACAGAUUGGGCGGAGCGACCAGCUAUGAUCAUCUACACCAGCGGUACCACAGGGAGGCCCAAAGGAGUUCUACAUACACACAGCAGCCUCCAAGCCAUGGUCCAGUGUCUGGUUUCAGAAUGGGCCUGGUCCAUCGAUGAUGUCAUCCUGCACACCUUGCCGCUCCACCACGUGCAUGGCAUUAUAAAUAAGCUGCUGUGCCCACUAUGGGUGGGCGCCACCUGUGUAAUGCUGCCUGAAUUCCAGCCUCAGAAGGUCUGGGACAUGCUGUUGAGCCCCCAGGCUCCUAAGGUUAAUGUGUUCAUGGCCGUGCCCACCAUCUACUCUAAGCUGAUCCAGUACUACGAUCAGCACUUCACACAGCCUCACGUCAAGGACUUUGUCAAAGCAUUCUGCAAAGAAAGGAUAAGGUUAAUGGUUUCUGGCUCGGCUGCUCUUCCUCUUCCCACUCUGCAGCGCUGGGAGGAGAUUACAGGACACACACUGCUGGAACGCUACGGCAUGACUGAGAUCGGCAUGGCUCUAUCCAACCCCCUCAAGGGUCCACGCAUCCCAGGGGCUGUGGGGCUGCCACUUCCCGGAAUGGAAGUGCGGCUUGUCAUGAAUAACCCAAAUAACACCACAAUCGUGGAGAGCAGUCAAAGAGAAACCCAGGUACGCCCAGGUCUGGAGGGAAAAGAGGGCGAGCUCUUAGUGCGAGGUUCAUCUGUGUUUAAGGAGUACUGGAACAAACCUCAGGAGACCAGAGAGACUUUCACUGAUGACGGCUGGUUUAGAACAGAUUGGCCCUGAGCUGAAAAUGUUUACACUGUGCGUCUGACACAGAGCGCGAGAUGAAAUCUGAGAAAGUAAAGCUAAUGGGGCCGACUGACAGGCCUGUAGACGGUGAAGAAGCGAGCGCUAAGGGAGGAGGGGGGAGGUUGGAUCAAUAAGUUCUCGCUGGUCAGAGGUGUCUCCUCCAGCGCGAGCGGGUGCCGCGCAGCGUUUGCUCUACGGGGAAGCUGUCAACUUCUCCCGAGUGCUCUCUCUUUCCACUUAUCUUCACAAACAUCUCUGAACACAUCGAACACCUCUCACCUUUGUCAACCCUCCUUUUGUGCUCUGCAACUCCACCUCUCCGCCGUCUGCAGCUGCGAUGAGAGGUCGGCUCAAGCCGACUGCGAGCGACGUGAUGUGCACAGGUAAAAACAAUGAAUCUGGGGCAACACCGCUGAGAACUGCUUUUAGUUGAUCUCUUAAAAGAAGUGGCGCGGCAGAUUUGAGCCUCCACUUCUGGAGUAUGACAUCUUGAAAUAACCCAUAAAUGCAUGAAUGAAUACAUAAAUUAGAGAGAACACGAGGCAUUAGCGUGUUUCACAUUUAGCAUAAUGAGGUGAAUAAUGAAGAUAUGGCUGUAUCGGACAUAUCUGCUGUUUGGAUAUUCAUUUAUUAAGACUCGAGAUCAAACGAUAAUAGGUGAGUUUGAUUUUUCUGUAAAGUUUUAUAAAUAGAAGGUUGUUUUGAAGGAUUUACAGUGUCAAGCAGGCAGCAAGGCGUCACUGUUUAGAUCCGUGUGUGUAAUAAAGUGAAGAAACCCUGUACUGUAGCUGUAAAGGUGAGCUUAGAGGUUUCCAGGGUGAAUUCUCCACAGACCAGCACCAGUGUAGCUUAUAUCCUGCACAUGUGCUCUCCUCUCCCCUGCGCUCAUUUCUCUGUGUGUUCUCAAUGUCACACAUCACCCCAGGUCACACUGUGUCCUCCAAACCCAAUGUCAGAGACCCCUGUAGGAUUUACCAAGACCGUCUUCACAGCAGCCACCUCCGUUACACUUACAGCCAUGGUUUCAGUGCAUGGCGGUUUUCACACCAGUUUAAGGUGAAUCUAGUUAAAUACAGGCUUCAUGGGCACCAAUAAACUCCAGGAGUGUUGAAACCUCUGCCAGCAUGUUGCGUUUUCCUGACAUUUAAAACGUCUAAAAACUUCUGGGAGUUUUCUAAUCUGCCUUUCAUAAUUGACCACUGUAUCUUGGUUGGCCAUCUGAGAUGUCUGAAUCGGUGCAGAGCUGGAGCAUGUAAACGACAGUUAAGUAGUUUACUUGAUGAACAUAGCAGAUCUGAGACAGACAUCAAUCCUCGGGCUCAGCUUGUUAUCUGCUGGUGGAGAGGCAACCCAGCAAGGAAUAUAAUCAGCAGCAUUAACAUAAAGCAAUUCAAGCUUCUUUAAUUGCAUUAUAUUAAACAAAUUAGAUCACUCAUCCAAGUGCAAAGUGCUUUCUUGUACCAUAUUAAUUACUAAAAAUGGAGCUGUGACAAAAGUUAAGGAUGAUAAAUAAUGUCAGAGCUGAGAUUUCACUGCUUGGCUGUCUGUUAUUUAUCCUCAUUAACUCUUCCAUCUAGGCAUUGGGGUUUUAAUGUGGAACAUUAAUAUUCAUAUAUGCUAAGUGUUUACAGUCACUGUGAGAAGAGGCAUGAGUCACAUUUCACCUCUCUCAUCUUUUGUGCAGAUAAGGCCUCUCCUCUCCACAGCCAUGGAGGGCACUCGGCUCUAACCUGCGCUGCCAGAGUUUAGGUUGCGCUGAGUGUGAUGAGAGAUUGGGACUCCACUUUACUCUCUCCCAGAGGCGAAGCGUCACCUCAUCAGUCUCACUUUGAACACUUCAGCGAUGCUGGUGGGGAGGCAUGCAUAAACACAACGUAGUAUCUCUUUAAAAAAAGUCGAGGCAAACUAUUCAGGUGGUUUUGGAAGGUUUGUGCUGCCACAAGUGCAGUUGGUGUCUGUGUAGUCGAUGCACAUACGAUGAUCAUCUGUCGAACGUGUCCUCACUUUACAGACUUUAGUUCAUUCUCUAACGCCUGCAAUUGGGACAAACGCCUUUUGGCUCUGGGUUUAGGUGUCGUGAAGACUUCGUGACAUGUGUUCUGACUUUUAAGUUUAAAUUUAACUGUGGAUGUAAUAAAUAAUGGCGUGCGCUGUGUUGUUUGCUUUUGUGUAAAGAGAGUUCAGUUAAAAGCCCAGAUUAGAUAAUAAAGUGAAUCUGGAAAUUUUCUCUUCUAUUGGGGGUUUACAUGCAAGUCACGUCCUAAGAUUUCAGUGGGGUGUGCAAAUAAAAACAAGUCCACGGAAUUUAGAUUGAGGUCAGGCUUAAAUCACAUUUAAUUACAAGCACUUAUUUCUGUUUUGUUAUUCAGUCAUAGCAGACAUUCUUUAUGUGGCUUGAAGGUCAUGACAACCUAAUAGAUGACUUCAGUCACCUCUGCAAUAAGUGCCUCUGUGCAUUUUUAUUUGCCCUUCUCUUUCGCCAUCGACUCGAGCAGCGAUGCUUGGGGGGAACUGGCUGAAGUGUUUGGGAUGUUGGUCUUUGUCAUGUGUCAAAGUGGCCUUUUCCCUUAUGCAGAUUUUGUUUCUAAAAAGCUAAACACUAGGUUUUGUCUGUGUUUCUGUCUCAUUUUAAGUCAGUGUGUCAUUUUAAGUGGUGGUCGAAUCAUGAUGUUUCCCUGCCAGCUCUGAACGUUGCUGAGUGGGUGCACAGGGUUUGAUGGGUGAAGAACCUGUGCAUGCUAUUGUACCUGCCUCGUCUGGGCUAGAUUUAAGCUCCAUGCUGAGGGCUGUGCAUAUCGUCAUAUAACAGUAUUAGAAAGACUUUGAGUAUGAUAAUCUAUAGAAGGUGUCUUGUCUUUAUGUACUCUAGUCUGUUGACUAGAGCACAUAAAGAGUAGACUAGGAGCUUGACUUAAUGACAUGUCGACAAUGCAGGUUUUUUUAUUAAAACUUAUGCAGAGGAACCUGUUGUGAACUAGUCUUCAUAAAAGCUGUGCCUUGUAAUGAGACUGUCUGAAAGAGGCGCAUUAGAUACGAAAACCUUCAUAAUGUGGGUUUCCUGUUUAAAUCAUAAAAGUAGCCCCAAAACAGUCAAGUAUUGAUUUUCCUCUCUCGUUCUGUCAUUUUCUUAUUGUGUAAAAAACAUUGCAGAAGUUUUCUCUGCCCUCCGUCCUCAGUCAGUGUCGAUCUGUUUUUUUUCUUCCUCUUUUCCCCCCACACUGUGUGCCUUCACUUUCUUUAAUGCCUCAGAAUGAGAUGAAAGCCCAGUGCAAUUAGGCUUCUUAUCGUUUUAAUUAAGAAAGCCAUUCGGCCAUAUCUGCCUUCGACGCCAUAACACAUAAUGGCAGAGAGUCUCUAAUGCCUGAAGUUGUGUGUGUGUGUGUGUG